GUCACUUGGAACUGCACCCAAAACCACACCGAAGCCAGUCUCACCAAGGCCAGCCCGGGUACCUUCUUUUGGUGCAACGGCACCUUAAGUAACUGCAUGAACUCCUCUGACCCCAGGCCUUGCUUCGUGGUCACAGUAGUUCCCCAACUAACCUUGUAUGGAGAGUCGGAGCUCGCCUGGCUGCUCCUUCCAUCCCACCCCCUGGACCCGCCGGGCCGCCUUCCUCCCUGUCAUGUUAGGGCCUCCCUACAGCAGCAGGUAACAUCAGAAGCCCAGGUAGCCCUACAGAACUGGCGCGCCUUAGACCUUCUGACUGCAGAAAAAAGAGGAACCUGCAUAUUCCUUCAGGAAGAAUGCUGCUACUACACCAACGAGUCCAGAGUAGUGGAACAAAACGUGCAGACCCUGACUAAGCUGAGUGAAGGACUACAUACAAGACACUCCCAGAACAACUUUCUUUUCGGCUGGCUCCAAAGCCCUUUAGCUACCUGGGUCCUACCCAUGAUAGGGCCCCUGAUUCUCAUCUGUGUCUUUUUUCUCCUAGCCCCCUGCCUCCUGAAGUUCAUCCGCUCCCGGAUUGCAGAGAUGUCACAGGUGACUUUGAAUCAGCUCCUGCUCCAUCCCUACACUCGGCUGCCCUCCGACCUGCCUCUGCCCGACCCUGGCCUUUAAACCCCCCUGCCCCCUCGUCGUCCCUGGUCAGCUGGAAGUAGUUAGAAUGAGUUGGCGUCCCCUAUCACCAAAAGGCCGGGAUGUUAGGUUGGAGAGAACCCAGGAUCAGAUGCAGGCAGAUGCGUGAGGAGAUAAUGGGCCCUCCCUGGAAUUUCUAACAGAUCAGUGUGCCAGACACAGAUACCGGCUCCUCCCUGGAAUCCACAACGACCCCCACACAGAUACUGACUCCUUCCUGAAUACCCUGCUGACCCCCUGGGGCGGGAACUUCCUCAGUUCAUGCCCCCGCCCAUCACCCAACUGCAGUAUAAAACAAACCCCCCCUCCCUGUGGGCUCGAAUCCACUGGCCCUGUCUUUGGGGUUCGUGGGUUGCCCGGGGACACAGAUUAAAACCUUUUCUUUUCUUUCUUUUCUGAUUGACUCGACUCUCUUUAUUUCUUACGCCAACUCCUGAACCACCUAACAGGAUUUAGAAUCAUUUCUCCCAUCUUCUCGAGCUAAGCCUUCUUAAUCAAUAAACCAUUCCUUGCUCCAAA